GCAUACAACUGACACAAGACUGAACAGUUUUAUGAAUAGGUGACCUUUGUUGUGACACAGUGCGUUGACAUACAUCAGUUAAUUUAUUUGGUUAAAAAAAAGUGUCCAUUCUCUUAUUCCCGCCUUUUUCCUCUGUCUUUGUCUUUCGCCACUUGAUCGUCCUCCUUACACGGUUUCACAUGUGCCCACAGCAAAAAUGUUGAAUAUCUCAAGGCCGAGCUGAGCCACAGGAAGAUAAAAACUCAGGUUCCCAGACACUGGCAAAUAAUUCCACGCACCGCUUCGUCUGGUUACAAUGAUCUGCUCCUGCAAGUAGACGGACAGAAAAACCAGAGUCCUCAUCCUGCUGCUAACCUGAGACAACAGAAAGUCCACACUGACCGUCCUGAACCUGCACCAUGUCUUUUGCCAUCUUUGUCACGAUGAUGCUUCUGUGCUCUUCAGUGGUGACUGCAUUUGUCCUGCAGACAUCCAGAGAAGAACGUGCAGCCUCUGCUGACCCUCCUGCAGCCCAACACAACAGGUUCCAGUCGUUGCACUCCAUCAGGAAGAGUCUGCUGGAGGCUCUGGACCUGCAGACGGAGCCACAGCUGCCUGCUGCUGAGCUGCACAGUAUCAGAGAACAAUGGAUGAGCAGCUUCAGGAACAUCGAUCUUCGAGCCAAACACAAUGCAGGAAUCUGGAUCUACUUCCUGUUACUGAUUGUCUUUCACGUUGCAGCGCUCUCUGGGUUCUCUAUGUCUCCUGAUGCUGCAAACACAAGUCUGACAUGCUGCUCCACCGCCUCAGAGAUCUCCAUGAAAGAUCUGGGCUGGGACAGCUGGGUGAUCUAUCCUACCGGCCUCACCAUUGUUCAGUGUGCACACUGCACACGUGAAGGAAACACUGUGCAAAACCCUCCAACCCACACCAACGGUGCACACGCACAGGUACAGGUUCCGUGCUGCCGUCCCACCUCCCGUGACACGGUGCCCAUCGUCUACAUGGACGAGUCCAGCAGCAUCGUCAUUUCGUCCGUGCAGCUGAUCCGUAACUGCGGCUGUGGACCUGGUGACCUGCAGCAGCUCGGCCAAGACUAGACUUUGUUUUGUAAUGCUCUGAUUUCUUUUACACACUAAAAAAAAA